AUGUCUAUCUUCAUGAGUGCUUCUGCUGUUAUGGCUUUGAAGUUGUUGUUGUACAUGUUCUUCCUUAUCUACCCCACAAUGUUCCUGAACACUGUUUCCUCUUCUUCCACAUCACGAAUUUCUUACUCCGAUCAUUGUGCUUCCAUUGUCCCCGAGUCAACCUCUAUACAAAACCACGUCUCCAUUUCCCCACGUCCCCGAGUACAAUAUGGCUACCUAUACCUUGGUGAUGGCAAUGGAGUUCUAAGUCGAAACACAUGUUUCCAUGGCCCAAAAUUGGUUAGUUUCUACACCGAGUAUGUCUAUGCAACUGAUAUGCAAGACUUGUUCCAUGUUGACGGCACUUUAACACUUCACGGACCCAGUACAGACUACUACCACGAUAGCGGCUCCAUGUAUUAUGGACCUGGAGAUCCACGUCGGUGGGGUUCCUUCACUUUCAGGCUCAAUGGGAUCUGGUCAGUAUCCUCUGGAAAACUUUGUAUGGUUGAGUCUGGUUACAAUAAUUACACGGAUAAAGGCAGUUUAGUAUUGGAUCUUCCUGCAGUUUUCAAGCUACAUAACCUCAAGAAUUCCACUAGUCUUAGAAGCUUGGUUACUGGAACUUUAGAAAGCCUGAUAAGUUCUGAUGAUCCAGAUUAUUUUGAACCAAUCUCAAUGUUUAUGUUUCCCCAAAUGAAUUACGAGUACAGUUUGAUUUCAGAAGUACUUAAUAAUAGUGCUUAUGGUGAGAGUGAUGUUUCUCCGGGUUUGUCUCUCAGAUCUUUCCCGGGACAUAUUUUCUGUUCACUUGUCCCAAAAGAAGUUCAACGAUUCAAACUGAAGUAUGCAAGCCAUUGCAGUUCUGCAAAGAACUGCACCCCAUUUGGUGCUUCAAUUGACUUUUUACCCAGUGUCAUGAUUUUCGGUGGCAUUGGGUGUUCAGUGGAUGAACAGAGGUUCAGAGUUCUGAUAGAUUUUUUAGCCACUGAAGAUGAUCUUUCGGUGCCCUUCAAUCCCAACACAACACUAAUUGGAGAAGGGUUGUGGGAUACAAAGACGAAUCAGCUCUAUGUUGUUGCUUGCCGGUUUCUGGAUGCAACAGAUUCUUUGGCUGAGGCUCAUUUAGGGGAUUGCUCUACAAGAUUAAGCUUGAGAUUCCCCGCAAUCUGGACAAUCAGAAACACUGAUAGCAUUGUGGGCCAUAUUUGGAGCAACAAAUCAAUGGGAGAACUGGGUUACUUUGAUAAGAUAAAGUUUCAAAGUUCCGAGCAACUCAUGGUUGAGGAACCAGGCUUCAAAUACAAGUACACUGAACUUGGCAAUGUAAAGAAGUUGUGGCCAAUAAAGAAGUCUGCUAAACGCAAGGGGAAUGCAUACCCAAAUGCAUUUUCUGUUCCUAAAAUGGUAUUGUACAUUUCAGUUGAAAAUGCUGAGAGAAAAUUGGCUCUGGGAAGGUCUUUUCCUCUCUUUGUUGGUAAUCACUAUGUGCCACAUUUGUAUUCAAAUCUCCCCUUGAUUAACUCGAGUUUUACAAAGACAGGGCCAAUUGGUAUCAGCUAUAAGAUGAUACUCUCUCUGCUGCCUGAUGUAAAGUUGGGCAGUGGGUUUUCUCUAUUUUCCAACUCAUCUAAUUUUUUGGAAAUUACAGCUGAAGGCAUCUAUGAUGAUACAACAGGAAGCUUGUGCAUGCUGGCUUGCAGAUAUCUUGGCUUAGACAGUCAAUUGUCAAUGGAUGAUUAUUUAGACUGUGAGAUUCGUAUCAAUAUUCAGUUCUCUGCAAGAAAUACAGACCAUAAUUCAGGUUAUUUCAAGGGAAGCAUUGAAAGCACACGGCAGAAUUUCGAUCCCCUUCAUUUUAAUCGUUUGGAGUUGUUGACACUGUCAGAUACCUCCAAUUCAGCUUUUUGUGAUUGUAAUGUGUGA